UUCUUCACUACCAACAAUAAUAUUGAUGCAAAAUCUUAAAAAGGCUAAUUCGAGAAGAAAGCGAAUGCUCUUCUCAGCCUCAGCCUGUCGUCACCACUAACCACAGAAACUCCUCGAGAGAGAUAGAUAAUGGGAUUGAUAUCAUCAGUGAAAGAGACAAAGAACAGCGGAAGAGGAUUGGGUUUCCUCUUAGUCUUCUUCCCUGACCACAACGACCUCUCUCCUUCUUCAUCUCCGGAAACGAAGACGACUCUCUUCCGCACCAGAUCUUCCCGCCUUCUCCUUUCCAAAGCCCAAUCCACAAUCUCAAUCUGCAUUCUCCUCCUCUUCCUCACCCUCUUCCUCUUCACUUUCUCCACCUUCGAACCUUCGUCUCCCCGUUCGCACCGUCGCUUUCUCCUCACUCGCACAGUCUCCGUCGCCAAAACUCGACGUCUCGCUCUACAGAGGAUGGGCACUCUGUUUCUGAGAGGAACCAAAUGCAUGCACGGUUUAGUCGUCGCUCAUAUCCCUUCCGACACGGCGGACGAAGAUCUCCGCCUCUUCAUGCGGUUGCUUCACCGCUCCGGAGUCACUUCCCGAUCCGACGUCGUUUUACUCUUUAAUUCUCCUUCUUCCGCUACUAGACUCACCAACCUGGUGGAGGAAGAGAACGACUCGUUCUUGAAACUCGUCGAAGUUCACCGCACUUCAAACUCCUCUCACCAAAACGACUCCGUUUUGGGAUUCAACCUAACGCGUUUCAUGAAGAAGCAGUCGAAGAAGGAUAUCUCUGAGCCUAUAUGGGGGAAGAGGAUCCACCGAGUCAACGAUUCCGCAUCGAACGAGUCGACCGAGUUGACUCACGGCUCUGUCGUGGGCUUCGACGUGACCGAGUUAGACCCGGAGAACUCGCUGUCCGGUUUUAUCGAGCACGUGCCGAUAAGCUUGAGGAGGUGGGCGUGUUACCCGAUGCUGCUAGGACGAGUCAGACGCAACUACAAGCACGUGAUGCUCGUUGACGCAAAGACUUCACUGUUCGUUGGUGACCCGUUAACCCGGGUUCGUAACCGGAGCCCCGAGUCGGUUCUCUUCUUCUCCUCUUCAAACUCUAAGCACAGCAACAAGAAAGGCUCCGAGAUCAACCCGGCGGUUUUGUUAGGAGGAGCGAAGGGAGUGAGGAGGCUAUCGAGCGCAAUGCACACUGAGAUCGUGAGAGUGGCAAUGCAGCAGCAGCAGCAGCAGCACAAGAGAAAGAGCUUUGUGUCGGAAUCUGUCGUGCUGAGUCAACUUGUUGGGAAUGUUCAUAUGACGAAGAACAUUGAAGUGAUUGGUCCGAGUGAGUCGAUAGCGGAAGCUAGUUCGGUCACUGAGUUGAGUACGAGAAACUCGGCGGUUGCGUCGGUAAAGAGUCAUGAUAUAAUACAACGUGGUAGUAGUAAUCGUCUUGAUAUUAUGGCGAUUAUUAUGAAACGUAUUUGUUCCUUUGAGUUAGAUUCUUCUGUCUAUAGUUACUGUUAGCAUCAGUGUUUUUAAAACCGGACCGGCGAGCGAACCGGAAAUAUUUUGGGUCACGGGUCAUUGUGGUUCGACCUGGUUCGACCGGGGUCGAUUAGAUUAAACUGAAUUUAUUAUUUUAUAAAUAUUAUAUAUAUUUUUUCAAAAAAUAGUCAUAAUGUUUAGAAAACUUUCAAAAAUAACAAAUUGAAAUGUGAUAAAAAUAAUAAAAAAUUAAUAGUUCAAAUCUAAAGUCAAUAGGAAAAAAAACAUUUAAAGUUUAUUCUUCAAAUCUUUGUCCUUCUAAAUCUUCAUCACCUA